AUGCAGCCGUUGAACACCAUAGAAAAACCAUCGAUUUACCUCACGUUCACCUAUUCAAAAGUGCCCAAAGGAAGCUUCGAUGUCAACGUCGCAACUCGGAUUGGAGUCGAUGGCGCGGGCGGUACGAUCAAUCGAUACAUUCUAGUGGCGGCUUGGACACGCAAAGCCCUGAAGCUAUCACUUUUUCUGGUGGCUGCUGUACUUUUCGUCUUCAUUGCCUUUCAAAACAUUGCUCCCUUCCCGAUACGAGCUGAAAAUGUACGACUGCAACGAAUACCACCGCAAAUUCUAGCGGCAAAUAGCACUCAACAACUGCCCUUCGAAUCCCCAAAGCCGCCACUUGGGAAGCAUCUGUAUCGCCCCGAUGGAUUGUUGGAAGUUAACAACGACGGUGCACAUCCUAUAUACGAACUUAUGUCCCGAGCAGAGGCGGAAUGGGUAGCAAAACACGAGCGAGCGAGCAAGACGCUUGAAGACGCUGUUUCUGAGUACAGGAGACGAUAUAAGCGAGCACCUCCCAAAGGAUUCGAUCUCUGGUGGAAAUUUGCAGUAGAACAUAAUGUACAGCUACCGGACGAAUACGAUCAAAUAUUCAUCGACUUAGAAGCAUUCUGGGGGAUAGAACCAAAGGAUCUCAUCGAAAUUCGAAAGGAGAUUGAAUCAAAAAAAGGGACUUAUACCAUUGGCAAGAAUGAGACGAGCCAGGUUGAGAUCGUGGCACACACGUUCGAAGAGGACCAAUAUCCGAAGCUGGUUAAUGGGACAAAAGACCUAAUGGGUUUGUUUAGAUUGUUUGAGGACGACCUUCCGCCUUUCCGCAUUACCAUGUCGCCGCAGGAUAGACCAAACUUACUAAGCGACUACUCGAUUAAAGCUGCCACUCUGGAGGCUGCGGCGUCACAGACAUAUAUCCAACGCAGGGCGCUUCCAAAAGUCAAAACAGUAGGGUGGAUAGCUGCUUGCCCACCAAAUUCUCUUGCUCGUCAGAAGACCAUUAACCUUGAUAGUCCGCCACCGAGACCCUCGAAGAAAACGUUCAUCUGGGAUCAUUUGCAAACGAUGGAUCCAUGCAACCACCCUAACCAUUUUUACCACCACGGUCAAUUUCUCUCUCACAAUAUGGGGCCAAGUCCACAGUCCGCAAUGGUUCCGGAAUUUUCAUACUCCUCGUCAAUGAUACAUCACGACAUUCGAUUUCCAGCUCCGUAUGGUUGGCUAGAGGACAUUUAUCCUCUCACUAAUAACCCGGAAUGGGAUGACAGGAAGGACGAGCGCUUACUGUGGAGAGGCGCGAAUACUGGUAUAUUUCACGGAAAAAACACCCGGUGGGAACAAUCACAUCGUGACUUUCUUGUCUCGUACACGAACAGUCUAGAGGGAACGGUCAAUGUACUCCCUUCUAACAGAACCAGGGAGGAGAGACUAGGUGACCUACGUGAGCUCCGCGCUGCCAGAAUCAAUCCAGCAGUCAUGGAUGUCGCUUUCGCUGGGACACCGAUAUCCUGCUCUCCUGAGAUAUGUGAAGUUUUGAAAAAAACAUUUCCAUGGCGCAACAAGCAAAGCAUUCAAGAGGCUGGAAAUUACAAAUACGUCAUUGAUGUUGAUGGAAAUGGUUGGUCGGGUCGAUUUAAAAAACUCAUGACAACCAACUCUCUCGUUUUCAAAUCGACCAUCUACCCAGAAUGGUUUGCAGACCGUGUUGCACCAUGGGUGCACUACGUACCCAUCCAAAUUGACCUCUCAGAUUUGCACGACGCACUAAUUUUCUUUCGAGGAGAUGGGAAUGGUGAUGGUGCCCAUGAGGACUUGGCUCGCAAGAUCGCGAUUGCAGGAAGACAGUGGAGUAAGACGUAUUGGAGAAAAGAAGAUCUAGCAGCAUACUUUUAUAGGUUGUGCCUAGAGUACAUUCGACUUAUGAGUGCCGACAGGAAGUUAAUGAGUUAUAAGGAUGCCGCAUAA